UAUAGUGGAAAACUUUUUAUUUUAGUUUCUGGACUAACUUAGCAUUUUAAUCAGUCACUUUCGAGAGCCGGGACAAUCCUGUGUAAAUUUAUACUGUUGUCAGCAACACUAAAACCUUGUAAACGGUUUCAGGAAAAGCUAUGAAGAGUUACCUGGCUUUUCAAUAAUAUGUAGCCAAGGCAGUGUGAGAUUGGCUUUGCUAAUCUCUACCACAUUCCUCUGGGUGGGGGUUUAUUGUGUGUGUGUGUGGGAGAGAGAGGGAUGGAGACUGAAUGACUAUUGUGCACUAUGAACCUGUGAAUGUCUCUAUUUAACAGGACUCCGACUGUUUCUGUUCUCACAAGGAGCGCUGAAGAAAUAUGAGUUUGACCAGAGUCACCAACAUCGACGCGGUGGAGCUGCAAGAAGGCAUCCAGAACGCGGCCUUUCGGGAGGAUGAUGAUGAUAAUAAUGGUGAUAUUGUGUGUAUUCGGCGGGUCUCCAGCCUGCCAGAGGAGAGUGAAUACACGCAGAUCAAGCCGUAUGCUGGGAUGCCUAAAGAGGUGCUGAUGUUGUACUCUAACAAGCCCUGUUAUCGGAUCCCUCGAGAAGUGAUCUUCUGGCUGGUCAUCGCCUGCACUCUGGCUCUUAUUGCGAUGACUGCGGCUAUUGUGGCGCUGUCGCCUCGAUGCAUGAGCUGGUGGCAGCUGUCGCCCAUCUAUCAGGUUUACCCACGCUCAUUUAAAGACUCCAAUGCUGAUGGGGUUGGGGAUCUAAGAGGAAUUAAGGAGAAACUGAGUCAUUUCGAGUACCUGAACAUUAAGGCGAUCUGGAUCAGUCCUUUCUACAAGUCUCCUAUGAGGGACUUUGGAUACGAUGUGGAGGAUUUCAGAGACGUUGACCCUCUUUUUGGAACAAUGGAAGACUUUGAUGACCUCUUGACUAGCAUGCAUGAUAAAGGUUUGAAGCUGAUCAUGGACUACAUCCCGAAUCACACCAGUGACAAACACGUCUGGUUUCAGCUUAGCCGUAAUUACACAGAGCCCUACACAGACUAUUACAUCUGGGUUAACUGCACAGCAGAUAAACAUCCAAACAACUGGGUGAGUGUUUUCGGGAAUUCCACGUGGGAGUAUGAUGAAAUACGGCAGCAGUGCUAUUUCCAUCAGUUCCUCAAGGAACAGCCAGAUCUGAACUAUCGUAACCCCCUGGUCCUACAGGAGAUGACGGACAUAAUCCACUUCUGGCUGAAGAAAGGGGUGGACGGGUUUCGCAUGGAUGCUGUGAAGCACAUGCUGGAGGCAACACAUUUACGAGAUGAACCUCAGGUUAACCCUGACCAAGAUCCAUCGACAGUGGACACAGAGUUUGAGCUGUAUCAUGACUACACAUACACACAAGCAGGACUCCAUGAGAUCCUGACAGACUGGAGGAUACAGAUGGACACAUACAGCCGAGAGCCUGGCCGAUACAGGUUUAUGGUGAUGGAAAGUUACGACUAUGAAGAAAUCGAUAAAACCAUGAGGUACUACGGCACAAACUACGCCAAGGAAAGCGACUUCCCGUUUAACUUCUAUCUACUGGACCUUCCUGAUAACCUGUCUGGAAAUUAUGCCAAAAGCAUAGUUGAACGGUGGAUGUCGAACAUGCCAAAAGGAAAAUGGCCAAACUGGGUGGUAGGAAACCAUGAUAAGCCGCGCAUCGGUUCGAGUGCUGGUAAGGAAUAUGUGCGUGCUUUAAACAUGCUGCUGCUGACACUGCCUGGAACUCCCACAACAUACUAUGGAGAAGAGAUUGGCAUGGUAGACGUCAACAUAUCUGUUAUUCAGGAUCCCGCUGGACAGUAUGAUCCAAGCAAGAGUCGAGACCCACAGCGAACACCAAUGCAGUGGAAUAAUGAGCUCAAUGCUGGUUUUAGCGAGAGUCUGAAUGGCACAUGGCUGGAUAUUGCUUCUGACUACAGAACGGUCAAUGUGGAGGUUCAGCAGGACGAUACAAGCUCCACCAUUUCCCAGUAUCGAGCUCUGAGUUUGCUCAGAAGUUCCAAUGUGAUUCUGUCUCGAGGUUGGUUCUGCUACGUCUGGAACGAUGUCAAUGUGUUCGCUUAUUUGCGUGAGCUGGACGGUCUCAGUAAAGGCUUCCUGGUGGUUCUAAACUUCGGCAAGGAAACAACAACAGACCUGUCUUCAGUUAAAGAGUUACCAGAUUCUCUCACACUCCAUUUAAGUACAGAGUCAAUAACCCAGACCGAGUUCCCUAAAUCCAGAAUCCCAACAUCUCAAGGGCAGGGGUUGCUUCUGGAGUAUUCCAGCAGUCAGAAGUUUCACCUCAACCAUCAAUCUCAGUGCUAUGUGUCUGAGAAAGCCUGCUACCUGCCUACACUAGAUAUCCUUUACCAGUGUUGAGGAUUCCCACAUAGCAAAAUUUCUCUGGCCCAGCUUUGGCCCACACACUCAGCUUUUACUUGGCCCACAUGCCACAGUUAAUUAUGGUAUAUUAUUGAACCAAUUCUGGCUUCCAUACAAGGGCCAACCAUGGACCAUAUCUGGGCCAAGUUUCAGCCAAGUUACUAACCCAUAACUGGGCCAGAUAUGUUGGUGUCAUCACUGCAAUGAAUUCGAUAAACCCAUGAGGCAUUUUGCGCUUUAAGGCCAAAGAGUUAAAGAGUUAACUCUUUGGUUAAAAAGUUAACACUUUUUCUCAAAGUGACCAGAUUGGUAAAUUUUUUUUUUAAAAACCCAAGCUCAUUCUGAAAACGUAGUCCCGUGGACAUUUCUGGAGACUGUGAAAUAUGUCCCAGCAAGUAUGUAUUUGUGCAGUUUUUGUUUUCACGAAUCCGCGAAAGGCCGCUGUUUGCGCUUUUUCGUAUGUCCCUCGCUAGUGCCAUUCGCGCACGCGCUGUUCUCGUGUGAACCCACCAGAGGCCCCUGUCUGACUGACAGAAUGACUGACUGCGCAACCGGCCAAUCGGCUGACCCACCCUCCUCCUUCCCUAAACCCAACCAAUUUUACCGAUUGACCCACCCACCAGCUUACUUC